AUGGCUGCCACAGCGGUGAAGGCCGUGGUGGAAGAGUGUGGGCGGCUCCCGCUACCACCAUCUGCAGAGAAAUCUCCUCCCUCGCUCCAGACGAACAUGGAGGGCAAGGCUGUUGGCUUCCUCAAAAACCUCGCGGGCAUGUCGCAAACGUAUACCAUACGGAAUGAGACCGCUUGCACUGUGAAAGUGCUGCUCACCGAAGAUCCCGAAGCUUUGAAAACUGUGGCUAAAGCCAAAGGCGCAGUGGGCUUGGACUUCGCUCCUGGAGCAGGAAAUGUCCCAGUCGGCAUGGGAGGGCAGGCCGCGUUAGCCGCCGUCCAAGGGCAGCGGAAACCGGUCGAUUUGACAAUUGGGGCAAAUUCCGAGACAUCUACUACAGCAGCUACAAGUACGGUGUUCGCGGCCGUAGCAUUUUGGGCGAAUGGGAAGUUCAAGUUCGUUUGGGAGAAUAGGGGCAUUGAGGCUAGCUCCACAGUGUGCUUGUUGCAGCGUCAUCUUGACGAUAUCUCCGAGCCAUGGAUCAUGGCAAACUCCCUCCAAGACGCGCUUAGUCGCAAGCAGGACGGAUACCCUCGAUGCAACCAACACCCCGCACUGCCUCAGGCGGUCACAAUACCAUCAGACGCCAAAUGCACCAAGUCGCCGGGCUACGAAACACCACAGGGAUUCUCGGAUGUGACUCAGCUGGCAGUAUGGAGCCAGACAUACGGUGCCUUCCUUCCUGCCCGGAUCCUUGGUGUAGCUCACAGACCCUGUCUUGAUCAUCAAGGCGGGCCGCUCCCGGUCGGAUCUGUUCAUGUGGAGCUAGACUACCCCAACGGCACCAACGCUCGCAAGACCCUGACCCCAGACCAGUUUGCAGCGAUCGUGCAAGAGAAGCCACGCACGUGA